CAACAUUGAAAAUAUUACUAUUCUAACCCUAAAUUCUAACUCGAGAGUCGACUCAGAAUAAAUGGAUAACAUCUCUCCAGCGGUAAAGCCAUUCUUCUUCCUCAACCGGUCUCCUUUCUCUUCCCAUUUUCCUUGAGCAAAAGGAAAAAAGAAAUUUCCAAACAUGUCGUUGCUCAGCCAUACCCUUUUUCUCCGACCUUCAAUCUACCUCCCUCCACGAAACUCUAAUUCACCAAUCUUCACUUCCAAACCCAAUUUCCACCCCCUCUCUGCCCUCAUUAAACCCUCGACACCCCCAACCAAAACCCCCAAAUUUACCCCUUUCGCUUCUGUUACUCCUUCCCCGACGAUUCCCUGCAAAGCCCCCCAAACCCCAACUCAGUCCCCACUCAACGAUUCAACUCGAACCCUUAAAACCCUUUCCUCCUUGGUCUUCUCUGCCACCGUUAUCUUCACCAAAAUGAUCCAAAACUUUGCUCUCAAAACAAUCUCCCAGAGCCCUAACGCACUUUCCACCAUGGGCCCGCUCUUCUUCGCCUCCUUAAGGGACCGCCCAAGUGGAUACCUCAAUACGCCGUUGACGGUGGUGGCGGCAGGUUUAGCUAAGUGGCUUGAUAUCUACGGUGGGGUUUUGUUGAUUAGGGUUUUGCUCAGUUGGUUCCCUAACAUUCCUUGGGAUCAGCAGCCCCUUUCGGCUAUUAGGGAUCUCUGUGAUCCUUAUUUGAAUCUGUUUAGGAAUAUAAUUCCACCUAUUUUCGAUACCUUGGAUGUUAGUCCCCUUCUGGCUUUCUUUGUUAUGGGGGCUCUCGGGGGGAUUCUUAGGAACACUAGAAGAUUGGCUUGAUUGCUUGCAGUUGAGAGAGAGCGAAUAAGAAAUAAUCAUUCAAGUUUUAGUGUUAGCUUUUCUACUUUGCUUCUUAUGGUAUAAUUUUGUAAUUCAUGGACAUGGUUGAACAUCAGAUAUAUAAAUUAUGGCAGCUCUGUUUCUGUUUUGUUUAUAUAUAUGAAUUUAUAUGGAGGAUUGCAAACACCAGUUCUUUUUA